ACACUUAACUGUUUCACACUGCAUCAACAAUGAAAGGUCUGUGGUGUCAGAAUAGAAAGCACAUAGGAAGUUGGACAGACCAGAGAGAUCUACUUUGGUCCCAUUUGAGAGAGGCGUAGUGAAAAGGGAAACUGAACAGUUCCCUGUUUUAGUGAAACUCGACUCGUCACAAACUUUCCAAGAUGCACAACAGGGUCUCCCCGCUUCUUCUUCCAACUGUAUAAAUGUGAAGCAGGUGGACAGCAGUGACACAGCACAGAGAACAAGCCGACAGAGCUCAGCUGAGACUUUAAUCCACUGCUGCAACACGAAGCCAACAAACAAACUUCAGGAUGGCCGCUCCUCGUCUCGCUCUGUCUGUGGUUGUGCUCAUGCUGGCUGUCAUCGCUCUGACUGAGGGUAUGCGCGGUGCUGGCCCAAAAAAGUGCUGCUUCCGCUUCAAUGACCAGGAAGUGCCUAAAGGAAGAGUGGUCAGCUACGUCAAGACCAGCCAGCGCUGCUCCAAGCCCGCCAUCCUGCUGAACACAGUGGCAGGCCGACAGCUGUGUGUCAGACCUUCGGCCCCCUGGGUGAAGCAGCUCAUCAGCUACCUGGAUGCCAAAGCCGUCCCAGGACAGACAUCCAACCUGUAACCAUGGAAACUACUUUGGAAGAGCCUUCAUGGA